AUGCACCGAUCAGGAUUAAAAAUUGAAGUGAAAGAAUUAGACUUUGAGUUUGAAAUUGUCAACGUUCAGUUUAACGAACUGGGGAAAUAUGGCUUGAGGCUCACGGUGGAAAACCCUCUGCUGGAAGGUUCAGGGACAGGAGUUCAGCUGUGGGUGAAUGAUGGCGAUGGGGUGUACACAAACUCAGGGACGACAGACAUCAUCGAACAGACCAAUCUUAAUGAAAUCUACUCCUUUCUCAAGAAGAAAUUUGUAUUCCGUCUUCCUAAAGGUUAUUGUCAAAAUGAUAAAAAUCAUGAUGUCCGACUAAGAAUUGAAGCCUUUCGACUAACUGGUAUAUCCACUAAGAAUGGAAAGAAAGAGGGAGAAGCAUUCUUUGCAAUCUACCCACGCACAAACACGCCGAGAAUUAAUGUUUUUGCCAAGAGAAAUGAGGACCUGUACUGUUACAACGAUGUGAUGGCAUUGUUGCGGGCGCAGGAGGAUGUGCGCAUGCAUUGUGGGAGGAUGGCUUAUAGCGUGUCCUUUCAUGAGGUGCGAGCGCAGACACUGAAAGCUGGAGUAGAGCAUGAUCCAAAACUGCUCUCAGUAAUCGAGGAGGAAGACCAUCCCAUAAAUCCAAAGCUACCAGCAGUGCCUUCUCCACUACCAAAACUAGAGAUACCUCCACCUCCUAUGAUGAUACCCCAUCAACCGAUUCCUUCUCCAGCAUUGCGUUCACCCAUCCCUGAGGGUGAUCCCCAGGAUGAGUCAGUGGAGGAAAUUGACUCUGAAUUUCCAGAAGAAAAUCAACCCCCCACUCCCGUGCAGGUCCAUGCACUACCCCAACGGUUGGCCAGUGAUGCCAGCUUACAUCUUUCAUCACCUGAUCAUACACCUAUGAGGAGCCUUGAGCCUCUUCCUCACACUCAUGUGACAGAAACGCCUCCCAAAACGUCUGAAGCGACCAGUAUCUCUCCCACAAACGAGUGGCAAGUCUCACGUCCUGGGACAGAGUGCAUUAGCGUCAUUUUUCACGGAGCAACCAACCUGCCAGCGCUCCGCGAUGGUUCAGUGCCUCAGCCCUUUGGGACACUCAAGAGCGGGUCCGAUGAGGACAAACAGCAUGAAGCUCAGGCUAUUACCCAUGCCACCGUACAGCCAACACACUCUCCGUCAUGGGAGGAGAAGUUAACUCUGGAGAUAGGUGCUGAGACAGAGGAAGGUAAGAUGCUGAUUCUGAGUGUCGCUGACAGCAGAAGCAAGGAACUAUUGGCCAGCUACCGUGUGCCUGUGUCCUACCUUCAGAUGUUUCAUCAUUACCAUGUGGAGUUGAUGCAGCCUCACGUCAAUGUGCCCUCCGGAGUCCGUCUGUAUGCCACGCUUGUUCGGAAGGGUAGCGUCAUACCACGUCAAGAGGGAUUUGCUUUCACUGGGUUUGAGGUCCUUGUACGGGGAUUAGAAAGACCACUGAAGGACCCUGUAGGUCCACUUCUUGUCGUAGCUCGGAUAGUGCCUAACUGUGAAUCCUACAAAGAUGCAAUGUUAAUGAAGACUUCCAGAUUGGCUGGCAUCACUGUCACAACAGUAAAAUACCCGAAUCCACCUCGAUCUUCUUUUGAGGUUUUUGAUUGUACAAACCACGGUUACCCUCAGGUGUCUGCUGCAGGAUACCCUCAGGAACAACCAAACUGGAAUCAUUCCUUCCUCUUCCAAGGAAGAGACUGUGCCACUGCUUUCACCACAGGGGCUGCCCUGGUGCUGGAAUACUACUCCAUUACCACUGUGAUGAACAGUGUGAACUGGCAUAUCCGCUGCCCACUUGGGUUCUCAGUGGUUCCCCUGAAUCAAGACAUUUAUCACAAGUUAAUGGCCGAGCACGGAAGCCAUGGCAUGCGUGUGGAUGACCUACCUGUGCAGGGCACCAGCUUGCAAACAGUGUUCAACACCAGGCCAACAGUGGGGCUUAUUCUCCGACUUAUUGGGUCAGAGCGACCAGAUUCCAUUCUCACAAUGUUGGAUCCCCUGCGUUUUCCUGCCAUGGACUGGGAGACACUGCACUGUCCUCUGGAUGAAAACCAGCAGCAGGCCCCAAGCGCUCAUCUAUCUCCAGUCAAUCCAGUCACUUCCUUGGAAAUUGGUUCAUCAAAAGAGAUUCCGCAAUCUCAAACCUUGGACAAGACUGCGGAGUCACCACCAGCACCUGCAGUGGCCAGGCCUCCUGUUGUGAAGGAAAAUACUCAUCACAAGAGCCUUGAGUUGAGACAUGUUUAUAUAGUGUUGUGUCAGAGAGUUGCUAAGAAAGAGUCUGUUGUGGAAACUGCGAGCGUCAAUCUGACAAAAGGUUUACUGAGCACCCAAGCAUUAAACGUCCCCCACAGUAACAGUCGCAGAUUGCCUCCUCAAUUUGCCUAUUUUGGCAAAGCAUGUUAUUCCACUUACAGGAACUUGGUACAGUUCUGUGCUAACUUCAAAUACCAUUCCUGCUCAUCACCCUCUGAGCUCUGGAUUUGCCCAGGGAAUGCUGAAAUGCUUCAGCAAGAUCAAGGUCGUCUGCCGCCUUACGACGCACUCGCUCAAAUACUCCCGGAGUACAAUUACCUAUUCAGUGCCACUCAUCUAUCUCCGAAGCAACCAAGACCACAGCAGCCAACAAGUAAAGCCCCAUACCCUCUUCCGAUACAGCAGCCUGCUCUGACAUCUGAAGAAAGGGGACCUUUGACUGGCGAGCGCAUUGCAAACCGAGAGUUUACAGAUCAUGAAGCUAAAGAGAUGGAUAACUAUCGCACAGCGAUGCGAAAGAUGGCCGAAGACAUCAUUGACCUGAGGAAAAACAUUUCAAGUCUGGAGGCUGAAAACAGCAAACUGCGGAGUGAGCUAAGCUUGCAUCAGGAUCUGGGUCGAACUCUGCUGGAGGACACAGAUAUCGAUGUAAUGACAAAGGCGGAAAUAGCUGACAGAAUAGUUUCGUUGAAACAGAAAUUAGCUGGUGAGAGUGUAGAGCUGCAGAGUUACAAGGUCAAAGUGCAGCAGCUUCAGAAUGAGUUGAUUCGGAAGAAUGAUCGGGAAAAGGAAUUGAUAUGGCUACAGAAAGCACAUCAGCAGCAGCAAGCAGUUUUGCAGAAAUAUCAGGAAAAAGGCAGCCAAUUAAAGCUACUGGAGGAUACCAUACGCCAACAAGAAAAGGUUAUAGAAAAAAUGGAGCGCCUACUGGAUAAAAAACUGAGAGAGAAACCCAGAGAAAAGCCUGGUGCACUUAAAACCCCCACAGCUAUUAUUGAUGACAGCAGCACACAGAAAGAAGUGGAGUUGGUGCUGUUGGCAGAGAAUGCUCGUCUGCGGGAGGAGCUGCAGAAGUUACGCCAUGAACCAAACCCCAUCAUUCUCCAGCAACCAUUUCACCCAGUACCGGAUUCAUUUUCUGACUCGGAGAAGCUAUGUUUACUGGCAAAAUUGGAAAAGGCCCAGGGAUGCAUAAGAACACUGGAGGCUGUGAUGGAAGAGAAUUCACGAAAAUGGGGGCAAGAAAAGCAGAAUCUGUUGACAAGAUUGUCAGAAUCUGAGCAUGGAUUUGCAAGGACAUCCACCAUGGUUUUGCAUGAUUUUCCUAUGGAUCCAACUCCACACAAUGAAGCGCUCCGACAUUAUCCUAUGUGAAGGACGCAAUUAUAAAUGCAACUUGUUUGUUGUU